UGGAAGUAGCCCAGUGUGUGUGAGUGGGUGGAGGUAUCUAGGAGGAGGGGGUGGCCGUUGUCUUCUCAGGCCGGAUGCAGAACAUCCUCGAGCAGAACUUAGACAUGGCCACGGCUCUGCUGGCGGGAGAGAAGCUGAAGGAGCUGAUCCUGCCUGGCUCUUCCCAGGAUGAGAAGGGAGGAAUGCUGGCUGGCCUUAUGGUCCAGCUUAAAUUGGAGCUACCAUUUGACCGCGUCGUCACCAUCGGCACUGUCAUCAUACCCAUCCUGCUCGUCACUCUGGUCUUCACAAGGAAUUUUGCAGAGGAGUCAAUCUACUGUUACACGCCUCACAACUUCACCCGUGACCAGGCCCUGUACGCACGAGGCUACUGCUGGACAGAGCUGCGUGACGCCGUUCCCGGGGUGGAGCCUGACCUUCGACCUUCGCUGUUUGAGCACAAGUUCCUACCUUACGCCCUGCUGGCCUUCGCCGGCAUCAUGUACAUCCCUGCUUUGGGCUGGGAGUUCAUGGCCUCCACAAGACUUACAUCCGAGCUCAACUUCCUGCUUCACGAGAUCGACAACUGCUACCACCGGGCUGCCGAGGGCCGGGCCCCUAAGAUCGAGAAGCAGAUCCAGUCCAAAGGACCAGGCAUCACGGAGAAAGAGAGACGAGAGAUCAUCGAGAAUGCGGAGAAGGAGAAGAGCCCCGAGCAGAACCUGUUUGAGAAGUACCUGGAGAGACGAGGACAGAGCAACUUUCUGGCCAAGCUGUACCUUGCGCGCCACUUGGCCAUCAUGUGCCUCAGCUCCAUCCCCAUCUCCUACCUGAGCGCCUACUGGCACCGCCAGCGCCAAAACGAGUUCAGCUGUGCCCUGGGGGAGCCUCCAGACUCCAGCAGCAUCCCUGAGCUGAGGCUCAGCGUCAACUGCAAACUGCCAGCCGUGCAGCUGCAGCGCAUUAUGGCCGCCGUAGACAUCGCCCUGCUGAGCACCAUGAACCUUGUCAUCCUGGUCAACUUGCUGCACCUGUUCGUGGUGCGGAAGUCCAACUUCGUGUUCGACAAACUGCACAAGGUGGGCAUCAAGACGAGGCGGCGCUGGCAGAAGUCUCAGUUCUGUGACAUAAACAUCUUGGCCAUGUUCUGUAACGAGAACCGCGACCACAUCAAGUCACUCAACCGCCUUGACUUUAUCACCAAUGAGAGCGACCUCAUGUAUGACAAUGUGGUAAGGCAGCUGCUGGCCGCCCUGGCCCAGUCUAACCACGACGCUACACCCUCUGUGAGGGACUCAGGCAUCCAGACCCUAGACCCCAACAUGGACCCCUCUCUCUUGGGAGUGGGGGAGCUGGGAGGGGAGCCGCUGGUCAUCAAACGACCACGCAAGAAGAUGAAGUGGAUCCCCAGCUCCAACCCCCUCCCUCAGCCUUUUAAGGAACCUCUGACAAUGACACGUUUGGAGAACAGCACUAAGACUGAGAAGCCCAAACCGGUGAGGAGGAAACCAGUUGCAGAGAACUAUGUUGCUCCAUUAAGCAAGAGCACACAGUACCCACCCUCUGCCAAAGAUAUGAGCGCAAUGGAGAAAAAGCACAGUCGCAACUUUACCCUGGAUGUCCACCCAUACAUGUUGACCAUCCGUAAGCCCACCAAGGUAGAGACAGUCAGCACAGAGCCUCUGCCCCCUGACCACACCCUGGACUCUGUGUUCAUUGAGGGCACACACACCAUCGUCCAUGUUUCUGCUUCUAUCACAGAAAAGAAAGAUUGCACCCCAGAGUCCACCAACACGGUCUUCUCUACAAUGACCGUCCCCACUAGCAUCUAUCUGAACAGUGCCACACCCAGACCCCACCCACCCUCCCUCGCUGAAUGCCACCCUACAGAGUCCCUGAUCGAACAAGAAGAGCCCGAAGCCCAGCCUGCAGUCUUUACUCGGAUCCCUUCCCACCAGCUUCUAAGUAUGCACCAGAUACUCAGUAUGGAAGAAGAGGGGGCUGGAGGCCAGGGGGCCAGACUGACUGAGAGACCCGUGGGGGAACUAAUCGCUGCUGGGGAGUGCUGAGGAGGAGGCACACAUGUUUGGGGACAUAUUUUGAGGGGGGCACACAGCAACAUAUACUCACCACUUCCAUGCCAAUCACUGUCUGCCUAUAGAAAACAAACCUUGUCCUCCUGACCACACAGUUGUGCUGUGCUCACAAUGCACCUCUUCUCUGGUGAAGGGACUGAGUGAGGGUGCUGAACCAUCAUUUUUUGAUAGAGAUUUAACAAGAUGCAGCAAAAGAGAGGAUACUGGUUCAAUGUGUGCUAAUCAACCCUGUCAUCUGAUGUAACUCUCUCAGCACUUGAUUUGUCCAGGAUGGGAAGCAAGGAGACUUUGUUGAAAUGCAGACAGCAUUUGUUGCUCAUAUCCUUGACUUGGAGAGGAAGCAGCUCAUAUUACAGAAGCUAGGAAAGAGAAAAGGGAAGGUGGAAUGCUUUUUACACACAUUUUAGUAAAGCACACCGUGUAAAACACUGCUUUACCUACAGUUAAAUUCUGAAAACAUGUUUAUAAAAACAUUACUAUCAUUGCUUAUUGUCCCUCUAUCCAAGUAUACUGAGAGCCCAUGCAAUACGUUUAAAAAUCUGCACUGCAAUAUAUGCAAAAGAAUAUGCAAUAAUGUAUACACUUCCAACUUAGAAGACAUUUUACAUACUGUAAAUCAUCUAUAGACUCUGUAGCCCUGUCGGUUGUGGUGUGCUUCACACAUAAAUGUUCAAUUAGUUCAUCAGUGUCAUUUGACCACACAGAGGACAGAGGAGGCGAAGUGAGAAUGCACCUACCUUACUGAAGAUUGGGCUCAGAUGUUGCAAUCUGUAACUUUAAUUUUCCCAGUGGCACCCACCUAUCCAAGAAGUGAAACAAAAACAAAUGGUUACAUUCGUUUUAGUUCCUCUUUAGUUUACAAACAAAUGCAGGGGCAGUACUUUUGAGUGGGAAUGAAAGUUACAGAUGACAACUUUAAUGGGUUCCUCUCACACCACUAGUGCACUUAUUAUGUGAGGUUGAUUGAUCCAUCCAAUAAGGAAGUCAUAUAAUAGAUUUUCUUGUGUAAAAUACACGUCAGAAACACCUCCACUUUAAUGAAUAUAGGCAAGAAUAUGCAUAAUAAUUUUUUUGCCAACAUUUUGCAUUCAAGUUCCAUUCAUCUUCUUGCUAUGGAUCUACAAAUGUGUUCCAACCUUGCCACCUCUCAAUGUCAGUGUUUGUCCCUAUAUGUGCCCUAAUUACUGUGAUAGUUACUCUGAACUGUUGAGCUGUCAAAGUACAGUCGUCUUUACACCAGCACUGCAUUUCAACUGAAACCUGGACACAUUUGGGGACAUUACAGUCACCCCCAGCUGGACAUUGCAGUCACUUCUUGUGAAAGUUUUGAAGAAUAAGUGAAGUGAUACGUAGAUAAAGAAAACAUUUUACACAAUGAAAUAUACAGCAUCUGAAUGCUUUGCUUUUGACUGUCCUACCAUUUCACCAUAGGCCUGCCUUGCCACGUGCCACCACAUUGAGAGCAACAGCACCCCAUCUCAGUAACACUUUCUCACCGUGCUGUCUCAUUACUCACCAAAGACAAUGAAAUUAACGAAUGAAAAGUACAGUACUGUAGUUAGUAGAAUUGUUAUCAGGAUAUGAAAGCACCUUUCACCAGGUAUGAUGCCAUAGACAAGGGGAUAUGUGUAGCAAACAACCACCAUCAACUGUAUGUCUGAGCAAUUGGUAGCCAAAACUGAGCAGUGAUGGCAGACCAAUCUACAACAAGAGGGUAUUUUUCAUGAACACACUAUGAGGAUUCCUCUAUGCUGUGAAUCUGUCAUCUUGGGCAAUAAAACAUGUAUAAAAGGGCAUGUAAAAAGGUGCAUGUAAAAAGGAUUAGAAACCCUAUAAUAUUACUUAACCUACCAGUGAGAUAUAGGGUAAGUGUAUGUGGCAAUGUAAAGUUGACCUUCCAAUUAGAUUGAUGGUUGUGAUGUUCACAGUCUAAAAUCCACUAAAUGCAUGGUUUGGGAAACUACCUGCCUGGGUAGGCUACCUUAGAAAUAUUAUUCAGCAGAUGCAAUCUGAAGGGUGCUUGUCUGGCAAUUUUUUAGAUGACAAAAAAUACAUUAAUUUCAUGAUCUGUGGUUGGCACACUAUCCCCUUGAUGUACUCAGCACACUAAUGCAUCCAAAGGCACUUUAAAUAUGACAUGUAGCACAAGUUUAUGAGUGUGAGCAUGUUGAUAGAGCAGCGCUCCUCCUCAUGCUUUCUUUGGGGUUGGGGACCUCAAAUUGGGGAAAGAAACGGUUUUGUUCCUGAAGGCUCUGUCUUGGUAGACUGCCUACAUUCCCUGCCUGGGUACAGAUCUAGGAACAGUUUAUCCACCCCAAAUCCUAGUCCCAGUAAAACAGAGGAAAGACCGUGUAACUUGAUCCUGCUCUUUCUUAAAAUUAAGGUGGGUGGUGUUUCUCCGGUGAAAUAAGUUGUGGGGGGUUAUAAGAUGUAGUCAUGAGUAAUACACUUUAACAAUAAAAUAAAAGUUGAACAUGAGUU